GGUAUAUAGAGACGUUUUACUAUUAAUAAUGAGUUUUGCCCCUAACCUAGAGAAGCUUGUGGGCACUUCUAUCUGCGAAAAGCUUCUUAGAAAAUGUGGAGGGUUAAUGGGUAUUGUAAGACUUAAUGAUAAUUCAUUGCGUCACCUUGGUUUGAAGGAGUUCGACAAUGAAGAGGAUGCCGCGAGGGCUAGGCAGUUAAUGUGUGGAUUUCUAGUUGACGCGCCUAUUUUUGUCAAGCACUUUGGUGAUACCGAAGUCAGGGCAGACUGCCUUAAGGCUGCUCGGAAAGCACUCACCCUGUUGAGUCGAAAGUGUGUAUUGACAGUAAAGACGGAUCUUUCCGGCGGUUCUCCUGACGGUACCAUGGGUGCAGCGGAGCUUGAGAAGCUAGAAGCGGCCUUUGAAAGACUCCUUAAGGAGGGUAAAGUUAGCGCCGUAGAUACGCAGGCGCUUCCGGUGCCCGAGGUACACAAGCGUGGCGAACCUCCUAAACAAAGGCGCGGGGGGGUGAAGGAAUAUAAGAAGCGUGAAAGUCAAAAAGAUGCCUCAGGUGUCCUUGAGCGUGCGUUUUCACGGAUAAAGAUGGGUGUUAGUGAGGAGUUACAGCGCGAGGAGAGGCUCCAAAGCGCAGAGCUACGAGCUGCCUUUUUGAAGGAACAGGAGAAACAACUCGAAAGGGAAUCUCGAAAGCGGCAACGUACCAAUCAGAAUAACAGUGACGAUGAGUACGGCGAUCUUUUUGGUAUCACAUUAUAGACCAUUGUUUGCCUGUCUAUUUUCUUCUUGUCUACCCAUCGCAAAUUAACUCACAAAGUGUCUUUCUUUGCUUGUGCUUGAGUUAUAUCGUUUGUAAGGGUAUGUGGCUAAGCUCGAUCACUGGUCUCUUAUUUACUUGACCACCUAAUAAAGUUGCUGCAUCGAUAUCUUUCAUUUUCUCAUGUUAACACUCUCUUUUUUUGUGACAUCACUGAUUAGCCAUUUUUAUAGUAUCGAUGUCUCUUUUUCCCUUUCUACUGCACUUUUUCGUUUGCCUUACAUUAAAAUAUGCAGUAUCCCGCUUAAUGAUUUUUAGCUUUGCACAUGUCUGUUAAAGUGUUUCUUCUUUGGUUCAUGAGUGACAAAGGUGGAUCCAUAAAAGUGGUCUCUGUAUUUCAUUAUAGCAAAACAGGAUUCGAGCGUUUUGGGCCCUUUUCCUUAACCUCCAAUUUUUGCAUAACCUGGUGUUAGAGAGACAAGACUGAUUGUA